UACGUGUCCGCAGGCUUUCCUGGCAGGCCUGGCGGGGGGGCCAGGUUGCCAUGACGACCGCGGCUAGGUCGCGGCAGACUCGAGCCAUGGGCAGCAGGAAGAAGGAAAUUGCCCUGCAGGUCAACAUCAGCACCCAAGAGCUUUGGGAGGAAAUGCUCAGUUCCAAAGGACUAACUGUUGUUGAUGUCUAUCAAGGCUGGUGUGGCCCCUGCAAACCUGUGGUGAGCCUCUUCCAGAAGAUGAGGAUCGAGGUCGGCCUGGACCUUCUGCACUUUGCAUUAGCAGAGGCAGAUCGUCUUGAUGUCCUCGAAAAGUACAGAGGGAAGUGCGAGCCAACCUUUCUGUUUUAUGCAGGAGGAGAACUGGUGGCUGUGGUUAGAGGAGCAAAUGCCCCACUGCUGCAGAAAACCAUCCUAGACCAGCUGGAGGCCGAAAAGAAAGUGCUGGCUGAAGGCAGAGAACGGAAAGUGAUUAAAGAUGAGGCUCUUUCUGAUGAAGAUGAAUGUGUUUCCCAUGGAAAGAACAAUGGUGAAGAUGAGGACAUGGUUUCAUCAGAGAGGACCUGUACCUUGGCCAUCAUUAAACCAGAUGCAGUGGCCCAUGGAAAGACUGAUGAGAUUAUCAUGAAGAUUCAGGAAGCUGGGUUUGAAAUUCUAACAAAUGAAGAGAGAACCAUGACAGAGGCAGAAGUGCAACUUUUCUACCAACACAAAGCUGGAGAGGAGGCAUUUGAGAAGCUGGUACGUCACAUGUGCAGUGGACCGAGCCACCUCCUGAUCCUCACCAGGACUCAGGGCUUCGAGGACGUGGUCACUACCUGGCGAACCGUCAUGGGCCCCUGUGACCCCAAUGUGGCCAGGAGGGAGCAGCCUGAAAGUCUCCGAGCUCAGUACGGCACAGAAAUGCCCUUCAAUGCUGUCCAUGGAAGCCGGGACAGAGAAGAUGCUGACAGAGAACUGGCAUUGCUCUUCCCCAGUUUGAAAUUUUCAGACAAAGAUACAGAAGCCCCUCAGGGCGGUGAGGCUGAAGCAACAGCGGGGCCCGCUGAGGCGCUUUGCUUUCCCGAGGAUGUGGAUUGAGAUGGCUGUGCUGCUCUUCCAGGGCACGUGACCAGGGGUCUACUGCACAAAACAGACCUCCAGAAUCGGAAUUUACUCUUUUGAGUACCAAUACUUUUUGGUUUAGCUGUCUUCUGUAGACAAUGAAAAUAAUAUGACUGGGCGCAGUGGCUCACGCCUGUAAUCCCAGCACUUUGGGAGGCCGAGACAAGUGGAUCACCUGAGAUCAGGAGUUUGACACCAACCUGGCCAACAUGGUGAAACCCUGUCUCUACUAAAAAUACAAAAAAUUAGCCAGUCAUGGUGGCGUACACCUGUCAACCCAGCUACUUGGGUGGCUUAGGCAUGAGAAUCGCUUGAA